GGUGUUACGGCUCAGGAAUGCAGCUAGUCAACAAUCGCUAGCUUUCGUUUCGCAUCAGCUGGAGCUGUCGGCGGCUGAGAGAAGUGUCUCCGGGCUGUUUGUCACCCCGUCUCCAGCCGCAGAGAGGUGCCAAAAAACACGGCGGAAUGGCCUCAGCGCAGUCAGUGUUGCUGCUAGCAGUGCAUGUUCUGCUGAUCUCAGAGUUCAUCCUGGCCAAGAGAGACUACUACGACAUACUGGGGGUGCCCAGAGAUGCCACCGAGCGCCAGAUCAAGAAGGCCUUCCACAAGCUGGCCCUGAAGUACCACCCUGACCGAAACAAGGGCCCAGACGCCGAGGCCAAGUUCAGAGAAAUAGCAGAGGCAUAUGAGACGUUAUCUGAUGAUAAGAGGAGGCGGGAGUACGACCAGUUUGGCCAUGGCCCAUCACCAGGGGAGGGCCAUACAGGAGGAGGAGGAGGUGGCAACUACAACUUCAACCAGCACUACCAGUCGUUCAACUUCAACUUUGAUGACAUCUUCAAAGACUCUGACCCUUUUGGUCAGCAGCAGCGACACCAACACCACUUUCACUCACAGUCCCAAAAUCAAGCCCAUCAAAAGAGACACUUUGACAGCCACUUCCAGGCCCACCGAGAGGCUAUGAACAGGCAGAGGAGGCAGUUUCAGCACGGGGGCUUCGGUGGAGGACUCUUUGAUGAUGUGUUUGAGGACCUUGAGAAGAUGUUCUCCUUUAACACACACAACACCAGGACUGAGAGCAGAUUCCAGAGCUCGGGGAAGCAGCACUGCAGGACAGUGACCCAGCGCCGGGGGAACAUGGUGACCACCUUCACUGACUGCUCCUGAGACGAGCAGAAAAUGGCGCUCGGCAGAGGGCAGCCACUUGGGACACAGUUAGGCUUUAACUUGUGGUUUUGGAAUUGAUUGCUAAUUUAUCACGUGGUGGAAUACAGAAGGGUUUUGUGUUGGUUUUGUAGUUUUCUGUAAGUAAUUUUCUCUAGGAACAAAUAUCCAAGUUGGCCUGAAACGGCUGCUUCUAAGCAAUAACUCGCUCACAUUACUGCUCAUAGCACAGUAGUAAGUUCAUUCAGAUACCUCCCCAUUAUUUAGCUUUCCAGGUUCACUGUGUUUACUCGUGUUCAUUCUCAUGAUGGUACAAUCAACAGACUCAGGUAUGGCCUAAGGUUAAAAGAUUAUUGAAAUGAAAAAGAUGAUUUUUUCUUUUGUGAGCAGUGACGCAGUAAGAUUUGUCAAACAUUCAUUCUGCUGGUAAUCAGGCCAUACUAUUGUUGCUCCUUCCACAGCAUGAACAUUUUGCUACUAGAAAACCAGACUGUGCUGAACUUAGCACUGCAUACUGCUAGAUUUUGGGUUUUAUUCAUUAGCUUAAAUUUAGCUAAAGUAAUACAAAUUUGGAUUUAUAGCACUUGCAUUAAAUUUUUGCUGUGAAAAUGAAGCUUCACAUCCCAAGAUGUGUGCAAGUUGGCCAUUAUCAACUGUUACCUCGUUUUAGUUUCUCUCUACCUUCACUCAGUCAGGGUUGGAAAAUAACAUCAGUCCCAUGACAAAUACUGGUAGAACGUUGCCACGAGCAAUGUUUUGUGUGCUCUCUCAGCUGUUUUGUAACCUGGGGUCAUCUGCCAGUGAAGCUGAAUGGUCUGAAAAGUUAACUUUCCUGAACUGAUCAUAAUGUGCAAUAAUUAGGACCUUUGCUCUUCAUGUUGCCUAUCUUUCAUAGACAAUGCUAUGUUAAUGUCAUUGUCUGAUGUCCGCACUUUGUAUGCAUGUGUGCGUGUGCCUGUGUGUGUGUGUGUGUGUGUGUGUCUGCGCAUUAAGACUGCCCUUAAUGUUGAUUGUUUGCAUAAUGUUUGAAGAAUGAAUAAAAAGUUACAAGAGCAAA